AGUGUAUCAUCCAAACGUAUAUUCAUCCAUUUGGGGGGGAAAGGGGGAACUGCACUAUAUACAUAACUUUAAAAACAUGUACAAUUUGUCUGAACAACUGUUGCGUUUAAAAUAUAGACCAGCGCAGCCUGUCAAACUUUUUAGCUAUAUAGGCAACCACGAGAGGGCAUUUUAGGUUACGAAGUGUGUACCAAUUGCCACACAUGCAGGCAAUUCACAGUGGUGUUUUUUUCUAUGAAAGUUGGCAACAAUAUAACUGUGCACCACGUACUGUCAUUGUGUAUCGUUAUGGUGGAUGCACAACGACGACAGAUGGUAUGCACAGCCGUUUUCCCACAGUAAACUUAUGCGCGAUUUGACCUCUGUGGGGCCAUUGUUGUGCACAUUUCUAUUGGAAUGAUGACGUCAUACACAUCGUGUUUAAACUAGUCGAUACUGUGCACACAUAGGUUGUCUCGAUUGUGCAGGUAGCACUGCGCGUGAUAACUGCGACACGACGCCAUUUUGUGGCAGUGCAGUAUCGGCAGACGAAGUCAAGUUGUGUCGUUAGCCGUGAUAAGGGCGCGUAUAGGUCUCCAAGGCAACGAUCAUCCUCAUCAAGAUGCGAGGAUUCCUGAUGCCAUCACUCUUGCUGUUUUCACUGAGUUUUCUUGUCAACAUUCCAUGGGUAUGGACCCAGGGACUACCGACCCAGGCACCAUCGGUUUUAGUUCGCCUUGUUGGUGGCAGCUCUUCCAACGAAGGUCGAGUAGAGGUCUACUAUCAAGGCGAGUGGGGUACGGUCUGCGAUGAUUAUUGGGACCUACAAGAUGCUAAGGUCGUCUGUCGCAUGCUUGGUUACCCUUCUGCAUCCAAUGCUUGGAGCAAUGCUCACUUCGGCCAAGGAUCAGGACAGAUCAUACUUGACGAUGUGAAUUGCGGAGGCUAUGAAUCAAGCAUCGCUGACUGUGCACACAGUAGCUGGUUCAGUAAUAACUGUGGGCAUAGUGAAGAUGCCGGAGUAACUUGUGAAGCCACAACUCAAAUACCAGCUGCUACGGUACGUCUAGUUGGUGGCUCUGCAGCCUCGGAAGGUCGAGUUGAAGUCUACUACAGUGGACAGUGGGGUACCGUCUGUGAUGAUGAGUGGGACAUCAACGAUGCUAGAGUCGUUUGUCGUCAGCUUGGCUAUGCUUAUGCCGUUGGGGCAAAGAGUGGUGCUUAUUUUGGGCAGGGAUCGGGUAGCAUCCUCUUGGAUAAUGUUCGUUGUACCGGAUCUGAGUCGACUCUAUCAGAAUGUGAUCAUGCCCCGUGGGGACAAGAUGAUUGUAGUCAUGGCGAAGAUGCAGGCGUCAUCUGCAGCUAUUCCCCGACUACUCCCGUGCCUGACGUUCGUCUUGUUGGUGGCAUCUCCUCCUACGAGGGUCGAGUAGAGGUCUACUAUCAGGGCGAGUGGGGUACAGUCUGCGAUGAUGGAUGGGACUUACAAGAUGCUGAGGUCGUCUGUCGCAUGAUUGGUUACCCUUCUGCAUCCAAUGCUUGGAGCAAUGCUCACUUCGGCCAGGGAUCAGGAAGGAUCAUCCUUGACGAUGUUAGCUGCUAUGGCUAUGAAUCAAGCAUUGCUGAAUGUUCACACAGAAGCUGGUUCAGUAAUAAUUGUGGGCAUAGCGAAGAUGCUGGCGUAACUUGCGGUGAAACAACUCCGAUCCCAGUUUCAGUUCGUCUUGUUGGUGGCAGCUCCUCCAAUGAGGGUCGAGUUGAGGUCUUCUACCAAGGCGAGUGGGGUACAGUCUGCGAUGAUGGAUGGGACCUACAAGAUGCUGAGGUCGUCUGCCGCAUGCUUGGCUUGCCUUCUGCAUCCAAUGCUUGGAGCAAUGCUCACUUCGGCCAGGGAUCAGGAAGGAUCACCCUUGACGAUGUUAGCUGCCAUGGCUAUGAAUCAAGCAUCGCUGACUGUUCACACAGAAGCUGGUUUAGUAGUGAUUGUGGGCAUAGUGAAGAUGCUGGAGUAACUUGUCGUGAAACCACAACUCCGAUCCCAGUUUCAGUUCGUCUUGCUGGUGGCAGCUCCUCCAAUGAGGGUCGAGUUGAGGUCUUCUACCGAGGCGAGUGGGGCACAGUCUGCGAUGAUGGAUGGGACCUACAAGAUGCUGAGGUCGUCUGCCGCAUGCUUGGCUUGCCUUCUGCAUCCAAUGCUUGGAGCAAUGCUCACUUCGGCCAGGGAUCAGGAAGGAUCACCCUUGACGAUGUUAGCUGCCAUGGCUAUGAAUCAAGCAUCGCUGACUGUUCACACAGAAGCUGGUUUAGUAGUGAUUGUGGGCAUAGUGAAGAUGCUGGAGUAACUUGUCGUGAAACCACAACUCCAAUCCCAGCUGCAUCGCUCCGUCUAGUGGGUGGCUCUGCAGCUUGGGAAGGUCGAGUUGAAGUCUACCACAAUGGACAGUGGGGUACUGUCUGUGAUGAUGAGUGGGACAUCAACGAUGCUAGAGUCGUCUGUCGUCAGCUUGGCUUCCCUUCUGCAUCCAAUGCUUGGAGCAAUGCUCACUUUGGCCAAGGAUCAGGACAGAUCAUGCUUGACGAUGUCAACUGCUAUGGCUAUGAAUCAAGCAUUGCUGAGUGUUCACACAGCAGUUGGUUUAGUAAUGACUGUGGGCAUAGUGAGGACGCCGGAGUUACUUGCAAUUCACCAGAAGCAGGCCUCUCCACUGGUGCAGUUGUAUGUAUUGCUAUCUCUUCUUCACUGUUAGUGAUCGCGAUCAUCGCCAUCGUCAUCAUAGUUGCAGUCAGAUAUAUGCGCAAGAAGCCAUCCAACAACAUGAACAUACCCUUGGCAUCGGCCGCUGAACCACCGGCCUCUGACCCGAAUUCCAACGGUGCCAAUAUCCUAGCUAACCCUCUCUAUAGUGGGGCCCCCCUUUCCCAGCCCGUACCUCGUCAACCACCUCAAGGCUACUACCCAAUGCCCUUCAGUGGCCAGCCCCAAAUGGUCCAGUCUCAGGUACCUGGUGCCGGAUUUCCCCAGUACAACCCUGCACCAGGGGUUGCUCUGGUAUCAAACACCGCCAACGCCCACCUGCCACCUCCUGCAUAUGCUUCAGUGGCUGUUAGUCUGCCAGCCUACACCGGCAUGGCUUCCCAACCUCAGCCCCAGCCCCUGCCUCAGCCCAAGCCCCUGCCCCAGCCCCAGCCCGAGCCCCAUCCCCAGCCCCUGUCCCAGCCCCUGUCCCAGCCUCAGACCAAGCCUUAUCAAGUCUCCAAGGCAACGACCAUCCUCAUCAAGAUGCAAGGAUUCCUAAUGUCAUCCCUCCUGCUGUUUUCACUGAGUUUUCUUGUCAACAUUCCAUGGGUAUGGACCCAGGGACUACCAACCCAGGCACCAUCGGUUUCAGUUCGUCUUGUUGGUGGCAUGUCCUCCAAUGAGGGUCGAGUUGAGGUUCUCUACCUAGGCCAUUGGGGUACAGUCUGCGAUGAUGGAUGGGACCUUAAUGACGCCAAGGUCGUAUGUCGCAUGCUUGGUUACCAGUCGACAUUCGGCCAUGCUUGGAGCAACGCCUUCUUUGGCCAAGGCUUUGGACGGAUUAUCCUUGACGAUGUCAACUGCUAUGGCUUUGAAUCAAGCAUCGCUGCCUGUCCACACGGCGGCUGGUUUAUUAAUGAUUGUGGGCAUAGCCAAGAUGCUGGAGUAACUUGCUUCGGAACAAUGACAAAUCCAAGCACAGCAGCACUGGUCCGUCUAGUUGGUGGCUUUGCAUGGGAAGGUCGAGUUGAAGUCUACCACAAUGGACAGUGGGGCACCGUUUGUGAUGAUGAGUGGGACAUCAACGAUGCUAGAGUCGUCUGUCGUCAGCUUGGCCAUGCUUAUGCCGUUGGGGCAAUAAGUGGUGCUUAUUUUGGACAGGGAUCGGGUAGCAUCCUCCUGGAUAAUGUUCGUUGUCUUGGCUUUGAGUCGAGUCUGUCAGAAUGUGAUCAUGCGCCGUGGGGACACGAAGAUUGUAGUCAUGCCGAAGAUGCAGGCGUCUUCUGCGGCCAUUCUCCGAGACCGACUACGACUACUCCCAUUUCUGAAGUUCGUCUAGUUUUAGUUCGCCUCAUCGGUGGCAGUUCCUCCUAUGAGGGUCGAGUUGAGGUCUUCUACCGAGGCGAGUGGGGCACAGUCUGCGAUGAUGGAUGGGACCUACAAGAUGCUGAGGUCGUUUGCCGCAUGCUUGGCUUGCCUUCUGCAUCCAAUGCGUGGAGCAAUGCUCACUUCGGCCAGGGAUCAGGAAGGAUAAUCCUUGACGAUGUUAACUGCUAUGGCUUUGAAUCAAGCAUCGCUCACUGUUCACACAGAAGCUGGUUUAGUAAUAAUUGUGGGCAUAGCCAAGAUGCUGGAGUAACUUGCGGAGCCACAACUCCGAUCCCAGUUUCAGUUCGUCUUGUUGGUGGCAGCUCCUCCAGUGAGGGUCAAGUUGAGGUCUCCUACCAAGGCGAGUGGGGCACAGUCUGCGAUGAUGGAUGGGACCUACAAGAUGCUGAUGUCGUCUGCCGCAUGCUUGGCUUGCCUACUGCAUCCCAUGCUUGGAGCAAUGCUCACUUCGGCCAGGGAUCAGGAAGGAUCAUCCUUGACGAUGUAAGCUGCCAUGGCUAUGAAUCUAGCAUCGCUGAUUGUCAACACAGUAGCUGGUUUAGUCAUAACUGUGGGCAUAGCGAAGAUGCUGGAGUAACUUGCGGUGCCACAACUCCGAUCCCAGUUUCAGUUCGUCUUGUUGGUGGCAGCUCCUCCAAUGAGGGUCGAGUUGAGGUCUUCUACCGAGGCGAGUGGGGCACAGUCUGCGAUGAUGGAUGGGACCUCGAUGACGCUAACGUUGUCUGCCGCAUGCUUAGCUUGCCUUCUGCAUCCCAUGCUUGGAGCAAUGCUCACUUUGGCCAAGGCUCAGGACAGAUCGUCCUUGACGAUGUCAACUGCCAAGGAUAUGAAUCAAGCAUCGCUCACUGUUCACACAGAAGCUGGUUUAGUACUGAUUGUGGGCAUAACGAAGAUGCUGGAGUAACUUGCGGAGAAACCAUGAGAACUCCAAACCCAGGCCUCUCCACUGGUGCAGUCGUAGGUAUUUCUAUCUCCUCUGUAGUGAUCGGAAUCAUCGCCAUUGUCAUCAUAGUUGCAGUCAGAAGCAGGCGCAAGAAGUCUUCACCGACAUCCAGCAACAUGAACAUACCCCUGGCAUCGGCCGCUGAACCACCAGCCUCUGACCCGAAUUCCAACGGUGCCAAUGUCCUAACUAACCCUCUUCAUAGAGGGACCCCCUUUUCCCAGCCCGUACCUCGUCAACCACCUCCAGGGUACUGUCCAAUGCCCUUCAGUGGCCAGCCCCAAUUAAUGGUCCAGUUACCUGGUACCGGGUUUCCCAAGAACAACCGAACACCAGGGGUUGCUCCGGUAUCAAACACCGCCAACGCCGACCUGUCCCCUCCUGCAUAUGCCUCAGUGGCUAAUAGUCCACCAUUCUACCCCGGCAAGGCUUCCCAGCCGCAGCCUCAGCCCCCGCCACAGCCCCUGCCACAGACCCAGCCCCCACCACAGCCCCUGCACCAGUCCCUGCCCCAAUCAGAAACCCAGCCCUCACACACCAAGCCACAGGCCCAGCCCCUACCCAGCCACAUCCCAAGCUCUAGUCUCAUCCCAGCCACAGCCCAAGCUCGAGUCCCAGCCCCAGCCCCAGCCCAUACCCCUGCCCAAGCCCCUGCCUCAGCCACAGCCCUAUCAGCUUCAGCCACAGCCGCAUCAGCCCCAGCCCCAGCCCCAUCAGCUUCAGCCCCAGCCCCAGUUUCCGAAUCCUCUUUGCCUUCUGUGCCUGGACCAAAUGCUGAUGCUUUUCGCCUUGUUGGUGGCAGCUCCUCAAACGAAGGCCGAGUAGAGGUCUUCUACCAAGGCGAGUGGGGCACAGUCUGCGAUGAUUAUUGGGACCUACAAGAUGCUGAGGUUGUCUGUCGCAUGAUUGGCUUGCCUUCUGCGUCCAAUGCUUGGAGCAAUGCUCACUUCGGCCAAGGAUCGGGACGGAUCAUCCUUGACGAUGUUAGCUGUGGAGGAUAUGAAUCAAGCAUCGCUGCCUGUUUACAUAGCAGCUGGUUUAGUAAUAAUUGUGGACACAGUGAGGACGCCGGAGUUACUUGCAAGUCAUACAUGACGAGUAGCUCUUCGCCAGCACCACGCUCAGUUCGGCUUGUUGGUGGCAGUUCCUCAUAUGAGGGCCGCGUAGAGGUCUUCUACCAAGGCGAGUGGGGCACAGUCUGCGAUGAUGGAUGGGACCUACAAGAUGCUGAGGUCGUCUGUCGCAUGCUUGGCUUGCCUUCUGCGUCCAAUGCUUGGAGCAAUGCUCACUUCGGCCAAGGAUCGGGACGGAUCAUCCUUGACGAUGUGAAUUGCGGAGGCUAUGAAUCGAGCAUCGCUGACUGUUUACAUAGCAGCUGGUUUAGUAAUAAUUGUGGGCAUAGUGAGGACGCUGGAGUUACUUGUAAGUCAUACAUGACGAGUAGCUCUUCGCCAGCACCAGGCUCAGUUCGGCUUGUUGGUGGCAGUUCCUCAUAUGAGGGCCGCGUAGAGGUCUUCUACCAAGGCGAGUGGGGCACAGUCUGCGAUGAUUAUUGGGACCUACAAGAUGCUGAGGUUGUCUGUCGCAUGAUUGGCUUGCCUUCUGCAUCCCAUGCUUGGAGCAAUGCUCACUUCGGCCAAGGAUCGGGACGGAUCAUCCUUGACGAUGUGAACUGUGGAGGCUAUGAAUCAAGCAUCGCUGCCUGUCCACACAGAAGUUGGUUUAGUAAUGACUGUGGGCAUGGUGAAGAUGCUGGAGUAACUUGUGGCCCAGUUUCAGUUCGUCUUGUCAGUGGCAGCUCCUCCAAUGAGGGUCGAGUAGAGGUCUACCACCAAGGCGAGUGGGGCACAGUCUGCGAUGAUGGAUGGGACCUUCAAGAUGCGGAGGUCAUCUGCCGCAUACUUGGCUUCCCUUCUGCAUCCCAUGCUUGGAGCAGCGCUCACUUCGGCCAAGGAUCAGGACGGAUUAUCCUUGACGAUGUGCACUGCGGAGGCUAUGAAUCAAGCAUCGCUGACUGUUCACAUAGAAGUUGGUUUAGUCAUAACUGUGGGCAUCGUGAAGAUGCUGGAGUAACUUGUCGUGAAAGUAAUAUGACUGCUCCAAACACAGUUUCAGUUCGCCUUGCUGGUGGCAACUCCUCAUACGAGGGUCGAGUAGAGGUCUACUAUCAAGGCGAGUGGGGUACAGUCUGCGAUGAUGGUUGGAACCUUGAUGAUGCUUAUGUCGUCUGUUGCAUGCUUGGUUACCCUUCUGCAUCCAAUGCUUGGAGCAAUGCUCACUUUGGCCAAGGAUCAGGACGGAUCGUCCUUGACGAUGUGAACUGCCAAGGAACCGAAUCUAACAUUGCUCAAUGUCAACACAGUGGUUGGUUUAGUCAUGACUGCUGGCAUAGCGAAGAUGCUGGAGUAACUUGUGAUAACAUGACAACAACUCCUUUACCAGUUCGUCUUGUUGGUGACAAUUCCUCCUAUGAGGGUCGAGUAGAGGUGUUCUUCCAAGGCGAGUGGGGCACAGUCUGCGAUGAUGGAUGGGACCUUGACGAUGCGAGUGUUGUCUGUCACAUGCUUGGCUGGCCUUCAGCAUCCCAUUCAUGGAGCAAUGCUCACUUCGGUCAAGGGUCAGGACGGAUCAUGUUGGACGAUGUUAACUGCCAUGGACAUGAAUCUAGCCUAGUUGAAUGCCAGCAUCGUGAUUGGUCUAGUCAUAAUUGUGGGCAUAGUGAAGAUGCUGGAGUAACUUGUGGUGAAAGUAUCACGACGACUCCAGGCCCAGUUUCAGUUCGUCUUGUUGGUGGCAGCUCCUCCUAUGAGGGUCGAGUAGAGGUCUACUACCAAGGCGAGUGGGGCACAGUCUGUGAUGAUGGAUGGGACCUUGACGAAGCAAAUGUCGUCUGUCGCAUGCUUGGUUUCCCUUCUGCAUCCCGUGCUUGGAGCAAUGCUCACUUUGGCCAAGGAUCAGGACGGAUCAUGCUUGACGCUGUGAACUGCGAAGGCUAUGAAUCAAGCAUUUCUGACUGUUCGCAUAGAAAUUGGUUUAGUAACGAUUGUCAGCAUAGUGAAGAUGCUGGAGUAACUUGUGACGAAACCAUCCGAACAACUCCAAUCCCAGCAGCGCCGGUCCGUCUAGUUGGUGGCUCUGCAGCUUGGGAAGGUCGAGUUGAAGUCUACCACAGUGGACAGUGGGGUACCGUCUGUGAUGAUGCGUGGGACAUCAACGAUGCUACAGUCGUUUGUCAUCAGCUUGGCUAUGCUUAUGCUGUUAGGGCAAAGAGUGGUGCCUAUUUUGGGCAGGGAUCGGGUAACAUCCUCCUGGAUGAUGUUCGUUGUACCGGAUCUGAGUCGACUCUGUCAGAAUGUGAUCAUGCGCUGUGGGGACAACAAGAUUGCAGUCAUGGCGAAGAUGCAGGCGUCAUCUGUCAUUAUCUCUCUACUACUCCCGUGCCUGAAGGUUCAGUUCGACUUGUUGGUGGCAGCUCCUCCUACGAGGGUCGAGUAGAGGUCUACUACCAAGGUCAUUGGGGCACAGUCUGCGAUGAUGGAUGGGACCUUGAUGAUGCAAAUGUCGUCUGCAGCAUGCUUGGCUUGCCUUCUGCAUCCAAUGCUUGGAGCAAUGCUCACUUUGGCCAAGGAUCAGGAUGGAUCAUCCUUGACGAUGUCAACUGCUAUGGCUUCGAAUCAAGCAUUGAUGACUGUUCACACAGCAGAUGGUUUAGUAAUGAUUGUAAGCACAGUGAGGACGCCGGAGUUACUUGCAAAUCACACAUGACAGAACCAGGCCUCUCCGCUGGUGCAGUCGUAGGAAUUACUAUCUGCUCUUCAUCGUUAGUGAUCGCAAUCAUUGCCAUCGUCAUCAUAGUCGCAGUCAGAAGAAUGCGCAAGAAGUCGCCACCGACAUUCAAUAACAUAAACAUACCCUUGGCAUCGGCCGCUGAUCCACCGGCCCCUGAACAGAAUUCCAACAGUGCCAAUAUUGUAACUAACCCUCUCUACAGCGAGCACCCCUUUGCCCAGCCCGUACCUCGUCAACCACCUCCAGGGUACUACCCAAUGCCCUUCAGUGACCAGCCCCAAUUAAUGGUCCAGUUACCUGGUACCGGGUUUCCCAAGUACAACCGUACACCAGGGGUUGCUCGGGUAUCAAACACCGCCAACGCCGACCUGUCCCCUCCUGCAUAUGAUUCAGUGGUUGUUAGUCCGCCACCUCCUGCAUAUGCUGCAGUGGUUGUUAGUCCGCCGUUCUACCCUGGUACGGCAACCCAACCCCUGCCCCAGUCCCUGCCCCAGUCAGAGACUCUGCCCCCAGUCAGAGACAAUGCCCGAACCCUAAACCCAAACCCAGCGACAGCCCUUCCCGCAGUCCCUGCCCAGUCAGAGACACAGCCCCAACCCCCUGCCCCUGCCCCAGUCCCUGUCUAGGCCCCUGCCCCAGUCAGAGA